AUGGGCGCGCUUCACCUGUGGCCUUCGAGCAUGCCUGCGGAUGAGAGCCAGCCCAGUUCAGAGGCCGCUGAUGGCACCGCGGAGCCCAAGGCUGAGAGUCCCGCAGAGGAGGAGGAGACCGAUGAGUCGCCUAGUGCAAAGAGGCAGAGAACUGAAAAGGCCUUUGACCUCCAGGACUUACAAAAGCAGCUGGCCGAGCUCCGAGCGAACCCGCCGGCGUAUGUAAGCAACAUUGGAGAUCUCAAGACACCGUCCCUCGUUUGCGACGACCAGGGUGAGCUCAAGAAGCCAGAGAGCCCUGAGCACGGACCCUGGGAUCUGCGGCUCUGCAUCGCGGGCGAAGACGGGGACGAGGCGUACGGCAUCCCGUGGAGGGUCAACAUCCGCUUCGAUCCCGACCUCUGGCCUGCCAAGCUGCCUUUGGUCCGCUUCCUGGGAGUGUUCCACCAUGCCCUCACGGACGAGAAUGGCGCUAUGCUGAUGCCUUUCUACCGCGCCCUGCCCAGGGACGAAAACCAAGCCUGCACCUUGCGGCUCACCGUGGAGGCCUUUUGGAAUUGUCCAGCAGAGCACGCAACAUACGUGUAUGCACGUAUGCACGUAUGUACGUACGCACGUAUGUACGUACGUAGGUAG